CAAUGUCCGUACUUUAUUCCACAGUAGUGCGUAUUUAUGUUAUAAAAAAAUAGUUAAACUUUUUAUUUUUGUGAAGUAACCAUCAUGUACUCUAAACAACACGCUUUAUGGGCUGAAUAUCGGAAACAUCGACCAAAGAAAAGUAAAAAAUGGACCGACGAUUAUUGGUUUAGAACUCACUUACAAGAAUACUGCAAAGUGACUACCUUACACGGACUCCACCACACGGCCAACAAUGAAUUCAGUAAAAUUGAACGGGUGUUCUGGGCAAUGGUCACAGUCUUUUCGUUGGGCGUAGCCGGACUGUUGGCGUACCUUCUACUCUAUCGUUUUCAAAGAAGUCCCACUAUAACGACUGUAGAGACCUACAGCUAUCCAACGUGGAAAAUACCGUUUCCUGCGGUAACUUUAUGCAACAUGAAUAGAGUUAGAAAAAGCGUCGUGAACGAAAUGUCCGAAAAACUUUCCAGAUACCAAAUUAACCGGUCUGAUACCGAAAACUAUUUCCAAAAAAUUAUCACACUGAUUACUAGACACAACGUGGAGUUCUCUGGCAGUGACCAAUUCGUAGAGCAAAGCGUGUUGAAAGAGUUCAACAACCCUAAUAGCACAAUUGAAGACAUCAUGUACAUGGUGUCGCAGCCAUGCUCAGAGCUGUUGGUUCAUUGCGGAUGGAAUGGUCUAAGAACCGACUGUGCUAAAAUGUUUCGACCUUCUAAGUCCCUUGACGGACACUGCUGCUCUUUUAAUUACAACAUUCAUGGAAAAGACCGAUUUAUUGAUCCAAAUCAAUUAAAUCCUGAAUAUAUCGCUGGCACGGGCAGAUCUGACGGUUUAUCGGUUGUCUUAAACACUAAUUCAGAAGACUAUUAUUCAGCCACAGCUCCGUACUUCGGAAUCAGAAUAUUACUUCAUUCGACGGACGUUUUCCCGGAAACUUCAUUGUUGUCUGAAGUCAUACAACCAGGAAACGGAAUGAAAAUUACCAUAAAUCCUUAUUAUGUUAAAAGUGAGGAUAAUGUUAGAAAGCUUAAGCUUUCGCAAAGGCUUUGUUUAUUCCCUGACGAGUCAAGACUGUUAACAUUAAAUGAGUAUGAUUAUCAACAGUGUAUCACCGAGUGUCGUAUUAAUAUAAUACGACAAUUUUGUAACUGUAUACCAUUCAUUUAUCCGAUUGACCUCAACUCUUCGAUCAUGUGUAAUCUAACACACGCCAAAUGUUUGCACCAAAAUUCAAUUGUAUUCAGUAAUUUGCUACCAGAUAACGCCAAUGAGAAUUCAGAAUCCAUUUGUUCGAGGUGCCUACCUGAAUGUUCAGAAGUGAUCUACACUAUGACAUCUUCUAUAGCACGACAGCCGACACACAAUUAUACGAUUAGCCCUGAAAUACCAAACAAUUAUAGUGUUCUUAGAAUUGUUUUUCAAGACAUAUCAUGCAUAAAAUAUAGAAGAGAAGCUAUGGUUACGUGGGAUACACUAGUUGCUUCAAUAGGAGGAAUAUUUGGUUUAUGCCUUGGCGGUAGCGUUUUGAGUAUUGUGGAGUUGAUCUACUAUUUCACAAUCAGGCUGUACAAAAAAAUACACGAGACUAACAAGCGACAAAAAAAAAUUGCGCCUUUACAUUUUUUAAGAUAGUACUUUCAAAGUAUUACACUUACCUAUAACGUUUAGUGUUCUAGUGUCUAAAUUUAUAAUUAGUAUCAACUUUUAUUU